AUGAAUAUUCUAGCGACUGCGCGGCUGUAUAUCGGCGAAAUGGUGACACAGGCCGGCCCGCAGAUGAAAGUUUUGCUGAUGGAUAAGGAAACGACGGGAAUCGUUUCGUGUGCCUUUGCCCAAUCAGAAAUGAUGCACAAAGAGGUCUACUUGUUUGAGAGAAUCGACAACGCCGCGCCACGGGAAAACAUUAAACAUUUGAAGUGUAUUGUCUUUGUCCGUCCCACCGCCGAGAACAUUCAAUUGUUGUGUCGAGAGCUCCGAUCGCCUAAAUACGCUCAAUAUUAUAUCUUCUUCUCCAACAUUGCUAACAAAAGCGAUAUCAAGCUGCUCGCCGAAGCUGAUGAAGAAGAAACGGUUCGCGAGGUGCACGAGUUCUUCAUCGACGCCGUCCCGUUGUCCAAACAUCUGUUAUCAAUCGGUCUUCAUCAUCCAUACGAUGCAUCUCUCCGCCUCAGCACCACCGCUUUUCUGCACGCAAAACAGACGAUCAUCUCGUUGUUGUUGGCUUUCAAAAAGGCGCCAACUGUUUGCUAUCAAAAGUCGAACGGCGAUUGCGAGAAAUUGGCCGACGAGGUGACACAGGUGAUGCGCCGUGAGGAGGCCCUCUUCCGGACGUGCAAAGAGGAUACGCUGUUGUUGGUGAUCGAUCGAUCCGAGGAUUGUGCCACGCCACUUUUGAAUCAAUGGACGUAUGAAGCGAUGGUGCACGAGCUACUCGGCUUGCAGAAUAAUCGAGUGACGCUGGAUGGACAAAGUUUGGUGCUUUCCGAACUACAAGAUGAAUUUUAUGAAAAAAAUGUAAACGCGAAUUUCGGUGAGAUCGGACAGAGCAUAAAGCAAUUGAUGGAACAAUUUCAGUCAAAGGCUCAAAUCCACAAAAAUGUCGAAUCGAUAGCGGAUAUGAAGAGUUUUGUCGAGGAAUACCCGCAAUUCAAGAAAAUGUCAGGCACCGUUUCAAAGCACGUCUCGAUUGUGGGCGAGUUGAGUCGCCUUGUUGCCGCGAAUAAUCUCUUGGAAGUGUCGGAGUUGGAACAAUCGAUUGUGGUUGAUGGAGAUCACACGACAUGCCUCGAUCGAGUCAGAAAUCAUCUGGUGAACAAGCAGACGACAGUAUUGAAUGCGACUCGACUCGUUUUGCUCUACGCGUUGCGCUUCGAACAACACCAAAACAACGAUAUCGAUGGUGUGGUGGCGUUGUUGAGAUCGAAAGAACCAGCUGCUGCUUCCCUUGUGCGAGUGCUUUUGCGAUUUGGCGGAGCGUCGAGACGAAAGAAUGACCUCUUCGGGAGCCAAUCGGCUGUCGAAAUGACGAAAAGAUUCAUCAAAGGGUUGAAAGGCGUGGAGAACGUGUACACCCAGCACACCCCGUAUUUGACGCAAAUCAUCGAGUCGAUUGCGAGAGGACGAUUCAACGAGAAUGUCUACCCGAAACACACGGCGUCACAGUAUAGCGCUCGAGUCGACAACAUCAUCGUUUUUGUGAUCGGCGGAGCGACGUAUGCUGAGUUGGCUCAAGUGCGGGCUGCAAACGAGCGUCGGAAUCAAGCCGGAGGUCCGUCAGUUCUCCUCGCCACCACACAUAUGCUCAAUGCGCAAAGUUUUAUCGAUCAACUACGCGAGAUGGGCGGCACAACGAGG